AGCGUCCAUAGGCGGGGACAAUAGUGGGCCUGGCUCGUGCGUUUGGUUGUGUAGACUCUGAGUAGCUUGUUUUGGACUGGACUGAAUCUCACCACACCUUAUUUUUUGGACAGCUUCAUAUACAGAUGUUACAUCAUAUUCCACUGGAUAUGUACAUGAAAUAGUUUAGGAUCCAACUCAUAUUUUGUUUCUUUCUUCAUGGAUGGCAUGGCUUUUGAAGAAACGUGAUUUUUGAUAAGUGUUUGCAAACUCGUGGGAAAUACUAAGCAAAGUUACUGUUCAAGUGAAGUUUCAUUCCAAAGAUGGAUCAGCAGGCAGCUGGAGGGGAGGACCCAAAUAAACCCUCCAAAAAGAAAUCCAGUGAGGAUGAGAGCAAAAAUAAAAAACUGAACAUACACAUAAAAACAUUGGCUGAUGACAUGCGUGACAGAAUCACCAGUUUUCGAAAGCAAGGCAUAAAGAAGGAGAAGCCUUUUAUCCAGCACCCCACAGACCCUAUCUCCACCCAGAUCGAGCUGCCUGUGCCCCAGCCACUCUUCGACGAGCGCUCCAUGAACCUGUCAGAGAAAGAGAUUGUGGACUUGUUUGAGAAGAUGAUGGAGGACAUGAACCUGAAUGAAGAGCGCAAGGCCCCCCUGCGAGGGAAGGACCUGAGCACUAAACGGGAGAUGGUGGUCCAGUACAUUUCUGCAACAGCCAAAUCUAUAACUGGGAGCAAAGUUGCGGGUGGACUGAGGAACAGCAAGCACGAGUGUACGCUCUCGUCACAGGAGUAUGUGCACGAGCUGCGCUCGGGCAUCUCCGAAGACAAACUGCUCAACUGCCUGGAGUCCCUGCGCGUGUCCUUGACCAGCAACCCCGUCAGCUGGGUGAAUAACUUUGGCCAUGAAGGUCUCGGACUGCUUUUGGAUGUGCUGGAGAGGCUUCUUGAUAAGAAACAGCAAGAGAACAUUGACAAGAAGAACCAGCAUAAACUCAUUCAGUGCCUCAAGGCCUUCAUGAACAAUAAGUAUGGCCUCCAACGAAUCUUGGGGGACGAACGAAGCCUCCUCCUCCUCGCAAGAGCGAUCGAUCCCAAGCAGACUAAUAUGAUGACUGAGAUUGUCAAGAUUCUGUCAGCUGUUUGUAUCAUCGGAGAGGAGAACAUUCUGGAUAAGAUCCUGGCAGCCAUGACCAUUGCUGCAGAGAGGAAUAAUAAAGAGAGGUUUGCUCCGAUAGUGGAGGGGCUGGAGAACCACGAAGCCCAGCAGCUACAGGUGGCCUGCAUGCAGCUGAUCAAUGCCCUCGUUACAUCGCCAGAUGAUUUAGACUUCAGGAUACACUUACGAAAUGAGUUUCUGCGCUGCGGCCUCAAGAAGAUCCUACCAGAGCUGAAGGAGACGGAGGAACUCGACAUUCAGCUGAAGGUGUUUAAUGAAAAUAAGGAGGAGGAUUCCAUCGAACUGUCUCACCGACUGGAUGACAUCCGCGCAGAGAUGGAUGAUAUGGGUGAGGUGUACCAUCUCCUGUCCAACAUGGUGAAAGACACAGGCUCAGAACCAUACUUCCUAUCCAUCCUCCAGCACCUGCUGCUCAUCAGGAAUGAUUAUUAUAUCAGGCCUCAGUAUUACAAGGUGAUUGAGGAGUGUUUGUCCCAGAUCGUCCUCCACCGCAGUGGGAUGGACCCUGAUUUUGCCUACAGGGAGCGACUGGAUGUGGACUUCAGUCAUCUCAUUGAUCAGUGCGUGGAUAAAGCCAAAGUGGAAGAGAGCGAGCAGAAAGCGGCUGAAUUCUCCAAAAAGUUCGACGAGGAGUUCAGCGCACGGCAGGAGGCGAAGGCCGAACUGCAGAAGCAGGAGGAGAAAAUCAAGGAGCUAGAGUCUCAGAUCAACACCCUGCAGACCCAGUUGACUAGUGAGAGAGACAAGCUAAGAAAAGCAGAGAAAAGCAUCAGCGAAAGAAACAGCAAGGUUGCGGCGAGACCUGGAGCAGCUGGUGCUGUUCCUCCACCACCACCAGGGGGAAUUGCACCUCCACCUCCUCCUCCACCUCCUCCACACCCCCCAAGUGGAGGCAUUCCACCUCCUCCACCUCCUCCUUGUCCUCCACCUCCUCCACCACCACCAAGUGGAGGCAUUCCACCUCCUCCACCUCCUCCUUGUCCUGCAUCUCUGGGACCUCCACCCCCUCCACCUCCACCUGGCUGCGGACCUCCACCACCACCUCCACCUCCCGGAGGAGGCCCACCCCCACUUCCGGGUAUGCCUUUGGCUCCUCCUCCACUCGUUGUCCAGCUGCCUUAUGGACUGGUGCCCAAGAAGACCUACAAACCUGAGAGCGUCAUGAAGCGGGUGAACUGGUCCAGGAUAGUGCCUCAGGAGAUGGCGGAAAAUUGCUUUUGGCUCAGAGUCAAAGAGGAGCGGUUUGAGAACCCGGACAUGUUCAGCAAGCUUUCACUGUCCUUCUCUUCUAAAUCCAGAGUGAAAAAGGACGUGGAAGAAACAGAUGACAGGAUGACACAAUUCAAGAAAAAAGCAAAAGAGCUGCGAAUUCUGGAUGCCAAGACAGCCCAGAAUCUGUCAAUUUUCCUGGGAUCAUUCCGGCUGCCUUAUGAAGAGAUCCGGGAUAUCGUGCUGCAGGUGGAUGAGGAGAGGCUAAGUGAAGCACUAAUCCAGAACCUGAUCAAAAACCUUCCUGAGCAGAAGGAGCUGAUCAAUCUGGCCGAGCUAAAGAAUGAAUACGAGGAGCUUUGUGAAUCUGAGCAGUUUGGAAUUGUGAUGAGCUCAGUCAAGAUGCUGCGUCCCCGACUGAACGGGAUCCUAUUCAAGCUGACAUUUGAGGAGCAAGUGAACAACAUCCGGCCCGAUAUCAUGAAUGUGACAUUCGCAUGCGAGGAGGUGAAGAAAAGUGGAGGUUUCAGCAUGCUCCUGGAGCUGGUGCUGCUGGUCGGGAAUUACAUGAACUCUGGCUCCAGAAACGCUCAGACAUUCGGCUUCAACGUCAGCUUCCUCUGCAAGCUUCGUGACACCAAGUCAACAGACCAAAAUACAACUCUUCUGCACUUUCUGGCCGAGAAAUGUGAAGAAAAAUAUCCUGAGGUCCUGAAGUUUCCUGAUGAGCUUGAGCAUGUUGAUAGUGCCAGCAAGGUAUCUGCCCAAAUCCUGAAAGCCAGCCUGGACACAAUGGAACGGCAUAUUCAGAGACUGGAGAACGACAUCCAGAACUUCCCCAAGACUGAUGAAAAGCAGGAUAAGUUUGUUGACAAAAUGUCGGGCUUCUCCAAGCAUUCGCGAGAGCAGUACGAGAAGCUCUCCACCAUGCACAAGAACAUGCAGAAGCUGUACGAGAGCCUAGGGAGCUACUUCGCCUUCGACCCCCACACCGUCAGCAUCGAGGACUUCUUCGGAGACCUGGCUAACUUCCGCAACCUCUUCAUGGAUGCUGUGCGGGAGAAUCACAAGAAGAGGGAGAUGGAGGAGAAGAUCAAGAGAGCCAAGCUGGCAAAGGAGAAAGCUGAGCGAGAGAAACUAGAGAGACAGCAGAAGAAGAAACAGCUGAUUGACAUGAACAAAGAAGGUGACGAGACAGGGGUGAUGGACAGUCUGAUGGAGGCCUUGCAGUCUGGAGCAGCCUUCCGUGACCGCAGGAAACGAACCCCACGCAAUGGUGAUCAAAGCCCUUCCUGUUCUGCACCUCGGUGGCCAGGUGCUAACCAUGAUGUUGCCUCCGGGAAAAGCAGACAACCGUCGCACUGGUUUGGAAAGAUCCCGUUCGCGCCACAAUGCAAACCAUAUGGUCCGAUGAUCGCUUGCCGGCUAAGGACGUUUGCCAAGUGCCAAAGACCCAAGAGUGGGGACAACACUGAGGAGGGCUGAAGAGGAAUGGAGAAAGAGCCCUUCGGCAUUCGCAUACAUCCACAUCCACACGUACAUGCAUACAGAACGCAGAACAAACCUCAAGAUGUGCGUCACAGCUCCAGACGCUUCAUCACAGGAUCACUUGACCCUCACUUCUCUCUGAAGCCUUAUAUACUUCAUACUCUUUGUGCAUUGGGCCUAUCCUAUUUAGCGGUGUUUGUUUGUUUGUUAUUUUCAUGAUUACGCCGGUUCUGUUUAUAUCUCACCAAGCUAACUCCCCUGAUCUGGCUCACGUCCACCUCGCUAUCUGCAAACAAUCAAUGAUUGGCUGCGGUUUGAUCUCUCGCUAAUGGAUUUUUCGACGCACAAACACGCUCUUGUUGACAAAAGGCCAAAAACGCCAUAAAGGACUGCGUGAUUCUGUAUGCAUAUCAGCAAAGGGACUUUAUUUGCAGUGUUGAUUGAACAAAACCUUGACUUGAAUGAUUCUGCCUGUCCCCUUUACUUCUUUUGACAGAAAAAAAAGAAUAUUGCCAGUCUGUAAUUCCCACCAUCAGCCAUUUAAUCUCUGAUCACCGCCUCUCUAUAUAUAUUACAGAUCCUAUAUAUGUAGCGACAUGAACAAGCUGCUGAUAUUAGCCUUAGUGCUACCGUGUGUACACAUUUGUGCUGUGUAAGAGCUGCCAGUGCCACAAGGUACCUGAGGUGGUUGAAAGAUAUUGCUCUUUAUCUACGGUAAACACUUCAAAGAUUCGUAGACGUUUCUCUUGCAGAGGCAAAGGUUUUAUUAAGUGAAUCUGCAGAUAUGUGAAGCAAAUGCGAAUCAAAGAGAUGCCAGUUUUCAAACAUGUCACAGGUUUUCUUCGUGAUUUCUUUGUAAGUCACUGUGCUUUUAGCUUUUAGCCCUCUCGUAGAAGAGUAUUUUAGUGAACUGUAGCUUAGUGUUUUUUCAAGAUCCACUGGUCAUCUUUAAGAGCUCUCUCUUACUGACCUGCCACAUUUACCUCUCCAUCUCAGCACUGAAAACUGUCCAAAACAUUACAAAGAAGAGUAUUUAUCAGAUUUAGUUUCGAAGUGUAU